GGGGAUCCCCCUUUAAAACCCUCGCUACAGCUUUUCUGGGGAGGGGUCUGGGCUCAGACCUGCCGGGGGCUCCUCGCCAUCCCCCGUAGCCCCCCGUAGCGGGGAGGGGCGGGCUCUGGGGGGGGAUGGGAAAGGCGUGCGGCCCCUUUAAAUUUACCCAGGAGCCCUUAAAGGAGCCCCAGGGGCCCCACGGCCGCGUCCCCACCCCGGUCUGCCCCCGCCCGCCGCCGCCGCCGCCCCGGGCCCGCCAUGGAGCCCCCGGGCCCCCGGGCCGCCCCCCGCCCGCUCCCGGCCCCCGCCAGCCCAGCCCCUUCCCCGCGGGGGCCGCGGCGGAGCCUGAAGAACCGGGAGAAGCCUCGGGAACAUCCCAGGGAGCCCCAAAAGCCCCGGGAGAAGCCCCAGGAACAUCCCCAAAAGCUCCAGAAGCUCCAGGAUCACCCCCGGGAUCACCCGCAGAAGCUCCAGGCGCACCCUCGGAUGCACCCCCAGGCCCACCCCCAGGCCCACCCCCAGGAUCACCCCCAAAAGCUCCAGUCCCACCCCCAGACCCACCCCCGGGAUCACCCCCAAAAGCUCCAGGAGCAUCCCUGGGAUCACCCCCAGGAUCACGCCCAGUGCCACCCCCAGUCCCACCCCCGGGAUCACCCCCAGGAUCACCCCCAAAAGCUCCAGUCCCACCCCCGGGAGCACCCCCAAAAGCUCCAGUCCCACCCCCAGGCCCACCCCCGGGAGCGGCGGGCGUCGCGGCCGGGCCGCAGCCGCGUGCCGGGCCGGGACCACCGGCGCUAUUACCACGAGCGCUGGCGCUCCGAGUACCUGAUGGAGUUCAACGCGGCGCGGCGCGGCAUGCGCUGCCUGGUGUGCGGCAGCGCCCUGGCCACGCUCAAGCUCAGCACCAUCAAGCGCCACAUCCGCCAGAAGCACCCCUACUCCGGGGCGUGGGGACCCCGCGAGAAGCAGCUGGUGCUGCGCUCCUGGGAGGCGCGGCCGGGGAACGGCCCCCGGCCCCAGGGAGCCCCCGGCGGCACCUGCGGGACAGGGCCCCGCCCCCCGUCCCCAAAGGCCACCAGGGUGUCCCCGGGGGGCUCUGUGGCUGCCGGGGACUCCCUGCGGGGGUGGCUGCGGGCCGAGCUGCUGCUGGACCUGGAGGCCGGGGGCCACCGGCUGCGCUGCCUGCUGUGCUGCUGUCCCCUGCCCUCGCUGCACCUCGGCGACAUCCGGAGCCACGCGCUGGCAGCGCACCCGGACAGCCUGCGGGGACAGCGGGGACAGGGCGGGGACAGCCUGCGGGGACACCCGGACAGCCUGCGGGGACACCCGGACAGCCCGCGGGGACACCCGGACAGCCCGCGGGGACAGCGGGGACAGGGCGGGGACAGCCUGCGGGGACACCCGGACAGCCCGCGGGGACACCCGGACAGCCUGCGGGGACAGCGGGGACAGGGCGGGGACACCCCGCGGGGACACCCGGACAUCCCGCGGGGACACCCGGACAGCCCAGCCCUGCCAGCCCCCGGUCCCGCCGAGGAGGAGGAAGAGGAGGACAAAGAGGCCGCAGGGGGGGUGGGGGGCACAGGAGCCCCCCCAGCCUGAGCCCCCCGGGAUGGGGACACUGGGGGGACCCUCUGUGUGACCCUCGGGGGUGCCACCACCCUCAAUGUCCCCCCGGGUGUCACUGUCACCCCCCCGGGUGUCACCUUAUUUAUGUGUGUGUGUCCCCCUUUUGUACACGACCCCCCAAUAAACCCCCCCAGGGUCAUGGGGACACUUGGGGACAUCUGAGAGCAACACGGGGACACUGGGGGGGUCCCGGGGACACUGGGGGGGUCCCA